UGCUGCAGGAGGACUCAACACACUGGAGCCAGAGUGUGUUACAGCACACAGUGGGGAGCUGCACUUGUGCACACCUUUGAGCAGCAGUAUGAUGCAGGCAGGAGUCUGUCUGAGACAGGACACUGAGACAACACUACCAGAGCUCACUGAGCAGCACAGGAUCAGACAGAAAGAAGAGGAGCUCAGUGGACUGGAGUCUUUCCACAUGGCAGAGUCAGAGCCAGAGUGUGUUACAGUACACAGCGGGGUCAGUGAUGUACAUCACACACACUCAUCACUUAUUAAAACAGAAACUGAUCUGGGCUUCCCCCACACUGGGGAUCUUAAGACAGAGAGCCUAGACAGUACAGAGCUGGGAUAUGUAGCCCAUCUGCAUCAUGACCAAAUUAAAACAGAAGCUGAUGAUGGAGGAUACUUUAAGUCAGAACACAUCAGUGACUUACAAGAUAUUGAUUGUGUUAAUAUUAAAUCUAAUCAAAUGAAGUGUGAAUACAGUGAAAGUUUAGUGAGUGAUCUUAUUAUUGAAGCUGGUGUUGAUGACGGAGACCAGACUGAACCAAGGCAAUCUCCUGGAGAGCCAAACCGAAACUGUGAAAAAGAAUCCAUAAAUCAUCAUUGUGACAUAAACAAUGAAAAUAAUCAGACCACAUUUAUCCAUAAAAGUACAAGCAGUUGCAGCAAACAUAUACAUUCUCAGAGAAUGAAUGUGAUAAUUGAACCCCCUUUAAUUAAGUCAAGUAAAAACCCAAGCCCUUUGAAUGUCUUUCAAUACAAGGUUAUUCACAGAAAUAAAUGUGAAAAGUCAUACAAGUGCAUACAAUGUAAGAAGUGUUUUCAUACAAGAUAUGAUUUAAAUACACACCUCAGAAUUCAUACAGUUCAAAAGCCCUACAGAUGUUUUGAAUGCAAGAAGUGCUUUUCCCAAAUAGGUCAUUUAAAUUGCCACCAGAGAAUUCAUACAGGUGAAAAGCCAUACAAGUGUACUCAGUGCGAGAAGUGUUUUCGUACAAAUUCUUGUUUGAAAAAACACAUGAGAAUUCAUUCCGGUGAAAAGCCCUACCAAUGUAUUCUGUGUGGGAAGUGUUAUUCCCAAGCAGGUCAGUUAAGUAAUCACGAGAGAAUUCAUACAGGUGAAAAGCCCUACACAUGUCAUCAGUGUGGGAAGGGCUUUUCUGAAAAAUCUAAUUUAAAUAACCAUAAAAGAAUACAUACAGGUGAAAAGCCAUACAAGUGUACACAGUGUGGGAAGUGUUUUAGUGCUAGUUCUGCUUUAAAUCAACACCUGAGAAUCCAUACAGGUGAGAAGCCUUACAAAUGUACUCAAUGCGGGAAGUGUUUUUCCCAAAUAUCUAAUUUAAAUUGCCACCAGAAAAUUCAUACAGGUGAAAAACCAUACAAAUGCAUUCAGUGUGGGAAGUGUUUUAACACAAAAUCUUAUUUAGAUACACACCUGAGAAUUCAUAGAGGUGAAAAGCCAUACAAGUGUACGCAGUGUGCCAAGUGUUUUUCCCAUAUAACUAGAUUAAAUUACCACCUGAGAAUUCAUACCGGUGAAAAGCCAUACAAGUGUACACAGUGUGAGAAGUGUUUUAAUAACAAAUCUGGUUUAAAUCAACACCUGAGAAUCCAUACAGGUGAGAAGCCUUACAAAUGUACUCAAUGCGGGAAGUGUUUUUCCCAAAUAUCUCAUUUAAAUUGGCACCAGAAAAUUCAUACAGGUGAAAAGUCUUAAAAAUGUCUUCAGUUUGGGAAGUGCUUUUUGGCUGCAAGUAAUUUGAAAAGCACUCUGUGUGAGAAAUGAGAUUUUUCUACAAAUCUCAUAUAAUUUAAGCAAUGAAAAUUGGAGUGGACAGUCUUUCACACGUACUUAAUGUUUUAACAAAAAUGUCAUGUUUAUGACCAAGAAGAAUUCCUACAGGCGUAACCUGACAAAUUACUCAUGUAGUGUUUUAUGAAAUGAUCCUUUACAUGAUGCACUGCGCUGUGUGGGAAGUGUUUCAAAUAUCCAUCAAAUUUAAAAGAACAACCUGAUAAGAGAAGGUAAGAAAAUCAUCAUAAAAAUCCCUUCAUGUAAACCCUGUUGUGGUUCCAAAUUCUUACUUCGUGGGUGUUUAUUUUGAAUUGACGAAGUGAAUGAGAGGAGUGUUCGUAGUAGUGUUGUUUGUUGCUCUCCUCCUGAUAUUCCUUUCUGAUGGUAUUUUGGACAGACACCUGAACUAGUGUUUAUGACAUGUUUUGUUAAUAAAAUGUAAAUGUUAAAUGUAAUUCUUUGUCGAUUGAACAGUGAUAGUUUGUGGUUGUGAAAUUUUAUUUUGAAAAUUGGUUUAAUGUAAUGGCAAUGUGUUGUGAAAGCUUGUAUUCUGAAAAUGAACUUGACACUGUUGCCCUUUUCAGUCCUUCUACACACAGUUUAGAGGCUUUAAUGAGUAUGUCAGCUAAAGCUGACCAUUAUACUUCUAACAGAAUAUUUUAUCUCAGCUAUCAGUUGGGGAUCUUUGUUUCACUCCUUAUUUUUCAAUGUGGGAUUUGAAUAAUUGUUUAUGAAAUAAUUCUACAUUUGACUGUGCAAAUACAAAGACUUUUGUGCUCAUAUGUCCUUCACUGUCA